AACAGUGGUCGUGUUAUUUUAAGACGUUAGCUCGCAUUGUGAAAGAGAGCAGUCUUCUGUCAACAACAACGGGUCCAUUGUCCACUUACUUACACUAAACUGUUUCCACUGACGAUAAGAUAUCCCAGACCAAAAUAAACUAUUGUAUUUAAUCAAACGUUGGCAUAAAUGAAAAUGGCUCUCCAUUCUUACGUGUGUGUUUUAAUCAGUGUCACAUUGGUGACAUUUGCUUUAGGCGUGGUUGAGUUUGAUGACAGUGUCAAGCAAGGAGGAGUCAGGAGCUGCUUGUACACCCCAACACCAUGUGGAAUCUGUGGGCCGACUAUUUCCGUAACGUUGAGGUUCAGGAACUCUCUGAAGCCCCCCUUUUUUGACAAGACAAUCACUGUGCCUAGACAGCCUCAGCGAGAGCUCUUCCAUUUCUUGCAGAGAGCUGCAGACGUGACUGGAGAAAUCGUGUUCACAAUUUCCUACUCGCCCAUGGUUGGUUACAUUCUUGACAGCAUCAACGGGCAGUACGGCUCAGAAUCCGAUAAUUCAUUCUGGGACUUUCUCAGUGAGAAUGGCAGUUACGAUUGCGGUGUCUCUGUGUAUGUACCGAAGAACGGAGAGACGAUUACAUUUAAUUUUACCAACUACAAAAACGCUGGCUACAUUCUUAAGAAAUAGAGCAGCGACUUUGACGCAAUACGGAAAGAAUUUAUGGGAGAAUUUUGUUUUGUAUCAUUAGAACAUUCGAAAUACGAGUAGCAUUAUAUUACAAUCCUUAUGACAGGGCCGGCCUUAGAUAAUUGGAGGCCCUAAGCCAGGGGCUCUCAGCCUGUGCGUCGUGACCCAUUUUUUUCCAGAGGAAAAAAAAAUUCUUUUGUCUAGAAAGAGGCUUGACAAUGUAAAAAAAAAAUUCCAUUGGGUAGUUACUAUUUUGUUCAGUAGCAUUGUCAUUCUAUGACAAAUGAUACAAAAAAACUGAAUCAGAAUCAUGUCAAGCAUUUUAAUCGUCACAGCAUAACAUUUGUUUCAAUUACUGCCCAUCAAACGGUGCUGCAAAAUGCAAUGUUGCUCCAUUGCAGAAUCAAAUGUAUUGUUUCUAUGGCGAAGAUUGACCCACGUUAUUAAAAAGCACAACCGUUUAUUAUCCAGUAAUAUGCCAUAAUGUUAUUUUUGUAAUGGAGCAACCCGUGAAAAUGGAUCUCUGUAACAAUAUGCGAAAACACAUAACUCUACGGUUGGGGGUCGCCACAUAGUGAGAAAUUGUAAAAAGGGAUCGCGGAAAUAAAAAGGUUGAGAAUCGCUGGCCUAAGCGAAGUAAAUUUGGUGGCCCCUAAUGACAGAAAAAAAAAAUAAAAACAGCGAAAAAACUAAAAUUACGCAAUUGAUUAAAAACCUAGUGCACUCCAAUAAUAACAAAGAGGAUAAGUUUCGCUAUUUCUCUCUAAAAAAAUGUUUUGAAUCCUGUGCGAGGCCCACACCAAUCGGAGGCACUAGGCGGCUGCCUAGUUUGCUUAUGCCUAAGGCCGGCCCUGAUUAUGAGAAACAAUUAGGGCACGCUCAAUCAGCAGAUAGCUUUCCCCUCCUUCUUCCUUCCUCUUUUACCUCCCUCUUCCCUCCUCUUUCAAAUCCUUUUACUUUCAUCUUUCACCUCCUUCUUCCCUCCUCUUUCACCUCCUUCUUCCUUCCUCCUCUUUCACCUCCUUUUUCCUUCCUCUUUCCCCUCCUUCUUCCUUCCUCUUUUACCUCCCUCUUCCCUCCUCUUUCAAAUCCUUUUACUUUCAUCUUUCACCUCCUUCUUCCCUCCUCUUUCACCUCCUUCUUCCUUCCUCCUCUUUCACCUCCUUUUUCCUUCCUCUUUCACCUCCUUCUUCCCUCCUCUUUCACCUCCUUUUUCCUUCCUCUUUCACCUCCUUCUUCCUUCCUCUUUCACCUCCUUUUUCCUUCCUCUUUCACCUCCUUUUUCCUUCCUCUUUCACCUCCUUCUUCCUUCCUCUUUCACCUCCUUUUUCCUUCCUCUUUCACCUCCUUCUUCCUUCCUCUUUCACCUCCUUUUUCCUUCCUCUUUCACCUCCUUCUUCCCUCCUCUUUCACCUCCUUCUUCCUUCCUCCUCUUUCACCUCCUUUUUCCUUCCUCUUUCACCUCCUUUUUCCUUCCUCUUUCACCUCCUUCUUCCUUCCUCUUUCACCUCCUUCUUCCCUCCUCUUUCACCUCCUUUUUCCUUCCUCUUUCACCUCCUUUUUCCUUCCUCUUUCACCUCCUUCUUCCCUCCUCUUUCACCUCCUUUUUCCUUCCUCUUUCACCUCCUUCUUCCUUCCUCCUCUUUCACCUCCUUUUACUUUCCUCUUUCACCUCCUUCUUCCCUCCUCUUUCACAUCCUUCUUCCUUCCUCUUUCACCUCCUUCUUCGCUCCUCUUUCACAUCCUUCUUCCUUCCUCUUUCACCUCCUUCUUCCCUCCUCUUUCACAUCCUUCUUCCUUCCUCUUUCACCUCCUUCUUCCCUCCUCUUUCACAUCCUUCUUCCUUCCUCUUUCACCUCCUUCUUCGCUCCUCUUUCACCUCCUUCUUCCCUACUCCUUCCCCUCCUUCUUCCCUCCUCUUACCCCUCCUUCUUCCCUUCCUAAUCCUAUUUCACUCUUUCUUUCUCUUCCCCUUCCCUCCUCUUUCACUACUCCUUCCCUCUUCUUUCCACCGUGCGUUUAUGAAGUCCUGGUACAUUUCUAAUCUCAUGUCUUUGACAAUAAGAUAAAAACCACGAAUAGUACAUACAUUUCAUAAGUGUUCAUAUACGUGUGUGUGUGUGUCUGCACGUGUCUAAAUAUUCAAAGUAGUUAUGUGAUCAUGUUGACAAUCGGCAGUGCCAGGAGAAACUUUGACUCCCUAGGAGAGAAUUGGAGGUUAUAAAAUCGUCAACGGUAAAAUAAAUAAAGAAAUAGAUAAAGAAAGAAAGGAUUUCUAUGAAUGAAAUGAGCUAACAAUGUGAACUUCUCAGAGAUUUGUCAUUUUCUAUUCCAACAAUAAAUCAAACUUGAUGAAC